AUGCUGAACCCUCUGUUAGUGCUCAACAAAAUCGACGACAUCACCUUUGAGGAAUUGCCCGCUCCCAAGAUUGAGCUGCCCAACGACGUGUUGGUCGAGGUGAAGAAGACGGGGAUCUGCGGGCUGGACAUCCACUACUACGCCCACGGACGCAUUGGCGACUUUGUGUUGACGAAGCCAAUGGUGUUGGGGCACGAAUCCGCGGGGACGGUGGUGGAAGUGGGGUCGGCGGUGACUAAAGUUAAAGUGGGCGAUAACGUCGCCAUCGAGCCCGGGGUGCCGCUGCGGUUGAGCGUGGAGUACAAGCGAGGCCAGUACAAUUUGUGCCCCCACAUGUGCUUUGCUGCCACCCCUAAUUCCACUGAAGGGGAGCCUAAUCCUCCCGGUACUCUCUGUCGUCUCUAUCGCCUGCCGGAAGACUUCCUCGUGCCUCUCCCUGACACCGUCAGCUUGGAAUUAGGGGCAAUGGUGGAACCGUUGAGUGUCGGUGUCCACGCCUGUCGUCAAGCUAAGGUGCAAUUGGGCGACAAUGUCGUUGUCUUCGGGGCGGGCCCCGUCGGGUUAUUGGCGGCGGCGGUGGCCACCACCAUUGGUGCUAAAAAGGUGAUGGUGGUCGACGUGUUUGACACCAAAUUGGAAACGGCGUUGAAAGUGGGGGUGGCCAAUGCCAAGUUUAACUCGAGAACGGGCGAUUUCCACGCGUUACGGGAAGCGUUCGGUGCUCCUAUCAAUGUGGUGCUUGAAUGCACUGGUGCUGAGCCAUGCAUCAAUAUGGGGAUCAAGUGCUUGUCGGCUGGUGGUCGCUACACUCAAGUGGGUAAUGCCAGCGGUGACGUUAAGUUCCCCAUUAUUGACUUUGCCACGAGAGAAUUGACCAUGUACGGGUCGUUCCGUUAUGGUGUUGGUGACUACCAAAUGGCGGUGGACAUUUUGGAAAAGAACUACCGCCAAGGUCGUGACAAGGCUCCGAUUAACUUUGAAGCGUUGAUCACCAACCGGUUCUCGUGGGACGAUGCGAUCAAGGCUUAUGACUACGUCAGAGCUGGUCACCCUGGCACCAUCAAGGCCAUCAUCGACGGUCCCGGUCUGCAAUAG